AUGAGUCAGGGAAUAGACUCAUUGGGACGUGCCCAUACAGCAGACGAGGAAGAAGAUGAGGAGGAGGGGGAUCUGGUGUUUGACGAUGACGAGGAUGAGUUUGGACUACCUAGCCUUGCUAGCAUGAGGAAAAAACAGACUCAGAGUGCUGGCACUCUCCCUUUCAAGAACGUCGAUCCAGGGGGUGGGUUUGAGAGCAAUGCUAUGAGACUUGGAAUUGGCUUAGCAAACAACAGGCAACGCGCAAACAGUUCAGAUAUCGCAGAGGAACGUGGCGUCCCAAUGUAUCCCACAGCCCGCAAGGGGGAGGAUAAAAUUCUUCGGCCUCAAUACAAAGACAUUCUAAGAGAUCCCGCAAACGCCCUAAAUCUAAUUAACCAUUCUCCGCCUCCUAAAAAUGCAACGCCGAAAGAAAUGGAUAUGUACUGGAGUCGCAUAUCGAGAAUCAACAAGUUUAAACGCCUACUGCAAACAAGCACGGUUCCUUUAUUGGAGUUGAGAAACCUGGCGUGGUCAGGAGUUUCUGGUGAAGUACGAGCCAUGACCUGGCAACUGCUUCUCGGUUACCUCCCCACGAAUAGUGAACGGCGUAUUACAACCCUUGAAAGAAAGCGGAAAGAGUAUCUUGACGGGGUCAGGCAAGCCUUUGAGCGCAGCAACGCUGCCAUCUCUGGAAACCCAUCUGCAUCGGCUACAGGCCGUGGCAGAGGCUUGGAUGAAGCAAUAUGGCAUCAAAUUAGCAUAGACGUUCCCCGCACUAGCCCCCACAUCCAGCUUUACAGCUAUGAAGCCACCCAACGUUCCCUUGAAAGAAUUCUUUAUCUCUGGGCUAUUCGCCAUCCAGCAAGCGGCUAUGUUCAAGGAAUAAAUGAUCUUGUUACUCCCUUUUGGCAAGUCUUUCUGGGUGUCUACGUCACGGACCUGAACGUUGAAGAGGGCAUGGACCCAGGCCAACUGCCAAGAAGUGUGCUGGAUGCCGUGGAAGCGGACUCCUUCUGGUGUCUUACAAAGCUUCUGGACGGCAUCCAGGACAAUUAUAUAUAUGCGCAACCGGGUAUCCACAGGCAAGUUAGAGCGCUACGUGACUUGACAAUGCGAAUCGACUCGACUCUGGCGAAACAUUUGGAGAAGGAGGGAGUCGAGUUUAUGCAGUUUAGUUUCCGAUGGAUGAAUUGUCUGCUGAUGCGGGAGAUGAGCGUCCAAAAUACCAUACGAAUGUGGGACACGUAUAUGGCCGAGGAGCAGGGCUUUUCGCGAUUUCAUCUAUACGUAUGUGCAGCAUUUCUGGUGAAAUGGUCGGACCAGUUGGUGAAAAUGGAUUUCCAGGAGGUAAUGAUGUUCUUGCAAGCUCUACCAACCAGGGAUUGGACAGAAAAAGACAUAGAGCUUCUGCUAAGCGAGGCAUUUAUCUGGCAGAGUUUGUUCCAGGACUCUCGGGCUCAUCUUCGUCCUGCUGGUGACCGGUCUCCUGAGAAUGGCUUACAAUGA